CCCGCCCCCGCGCCCCAAUUCAAGAAGCCGCUCCGCUACCCCGGCGGCACAGGGCGCCCGGCGCGCCUCGCAGCGCACGUCCCGCGCCUUCUCCGCCCGCUCGCUGGGCAUUAUGCGGCCGAGCGGCCGAGCCCCAGUCCUGCUCCUCCGGCUCCUCCCGCGGCCCGAGCGGCUCAGCUCUCGGCAGGCGGCAGCGUUGCUCAGCCGAGCGCAGACGGGACCCUCGCCGCGAGACCUCAGCGACUCCUGAAGUCAAAAGUCGGCGGCCGGCGCCGGCCCCGCGCUCUCCGCGGCAGCUGCCUCGGUCACCGCGCAGCCAGGGCGGCAAGGCAGGGGAGCGGGGUGCGGGAGGUGGGAGCACCAUGCAGUUUGUAUCCUGGGCCGCACUGCUAAUGCUCCUGGUGCGGGACUUGGCCGAGAUGCGGAGCCCAGACGCCGCGGCCGCCGUGCGCAAGGACAGGCUGCACCCGAGGCAAGCGAAAUUACUGGAGACCUUGAGCGAAUAUGAAAUCGCGUCUCCCGUGCGAGUGAACGCGGCCGGAGAACCUUUUCCCACGAACGUGCACUUCAAAAGAAGGCGACGGAGCAUUGACUCUGCCUCUGACCCCUGGCCUGCCUUCGCGUCCUCCUCUUCCUCUUCUACCUCCUCCCCGGAGCACUACCGCCUCUCCGCCUUCGGCCAACACUUUCUAUUUAAUCUCACCGCCCAUGCCGGAUUUAUCGCUCCACUGUUUACUGUCACUCUCCUCGGGGAGCCCGAGGAGAACCAGACUAAGUUUUAUUCCGAGGAGGAAACUGAACUGAAGCACUGUUUCUACAAAGGCCACGUCAAUACGAAGACGGAGCACACGGCCGUCAUCAGCCUCUGCUCGGGAAUGCUGGGCACAUUCCGGUCCCAUGAUGGAGAUUAUUUUAUUGAACCACUGUUGUCCAUGGAUGAACAAGAGAAUGAAGAGGAGCAGAACAAACCCCACAUUAUUUAUAGGCGCAGCGUCCCCCAGAAGGAGCCGUCCUCAGGAAAGGAUGCCUGUGACACCUCAGAACACAGAAGCAGUCGCAGGAAAGACAAGAGGAAGACGGGCAGGAGGAAAUGGGAAGGCACAAAUAGCCUGGCAGAUGACCUGGCAGCCCUAGACAGCGGGCUGGCAGGCAAGGUGGCCUCUGCUUACAGGAACGAGACCAACAGCCCCCGGGACAGGAGGGCGCACAGAAGGACCAAGCGCUUUUUAUCCUACCCACGGUUUGUAGAAGUCAUGGUGGUGGCGGACAAGAAAAUGGUUUUAUACCAUGGAGCAAACCUUCAGCACUAUGUUUUAACCUUAAUGGCCAUUGUAGCCUCUAUCUAUAAAGACCCAAGUAUUGGAAAUUUAAUUAAUAUUGUCAUUGUGAACUUAGUUGUGAUUCAUGAUGAACAGGAAGGACCUGUCAUAUCUUUUAAUGCUCAGACAACGUUAAAAAACUUCUGCCAGUGGCAGCAUUCAAAGAAUUACCCAGGUGGGAUCCGGCAUGAUACCGCUGUGCUUAUUACAAGACAGGACAUCUGCAGAGCUCAUGACAAGUGCGACACCUUAGGCCUUGCCGAGCUGGGGACCAUCUGUGACCCGUACCGGAGCUGCUCCAUCAGUGAAGAUAAUGGCUUGAGUACAGCUUUCACAAUUGCCCAUGAGCUGGGCCAUGUGUUUAACAUGCCCCACGAUGACAGCAAUAAAUGUAAAGACGAAGACGUGAAGAGCACCCAGCACGUCAUGGCGCCUACCUUGACGGUCAACACGAACCCCUGGGUGUGGUCAAAGUGCAGUCGGAGAUACAUCACUGAGUUUCUAGACACUGGAUACGGUGAAUGUCUGCUUAACGAACCUGAAUCCAGACCCUACCCUUUUCCUCCCCAACUGCCAGGCCGCUUUUACAGCGUAAACAAACAAUGUGAAUUGAUUUUUGGACCCGGAUCUGAGUUGUGCCCAUACAUGGUGCAGUGUAGACGGCUCUGGUGCAAUACGAAUAGAAAAGCUCAAAGUUGCCAAACGCUACACACGCCCUGGGCUGACGGGACAGAAUGUGAUCCUGGAAAGCACUGCAAGUUUGGAUUUUGUGUUCCCAAAGACAUGGAGGUCCCCGUGGUCGAUGGAUCCUGGGGAAGCUGGAGUCCCUAUGGAACCUGCUCGAGAACCUGCGGCGGGGGCAUCAAAACGGCCAUUCGUGAGUGCAACCGGCCAGAGCCAAAAAAUGGUGGGAAGUACUGUGUAGGGCGCAGGAUGAAGUUUAAGUCCUGCAACACGGAGCCGUGCUUCAAGCAGAAGCGGGACUUCCGCGAGGAGCAGUGUGCUCACUUCGACGGGAAGCACUUUAACAUCAACGGUCUGCUCCCCACCGUGCGCUGGGUCCCCAAGUACAGCGGAAUUUUGAUGAAGGACCGGUGUAAACUCUUCUGCAGAGUGGCCGGGAGCACAGCCUACUAUCAACUCCGAGACAGAGUGAUAGAUGGAACUCCCUGUGGCCAGGACACGAAUGAUAUCUGUGUGCAAGGUCUUUGCCGGCAAGCUGGAUGCGAUCAUGUUUUAAACUCCAAAGCCCGGCGAGAUAAGUGUGGUGUUUGUGGUGGUGAUAAUUCUUCGUGCAAAACUGUGGCGGGAACAUUCAAUACUGUACAUUAUGGUUACAACACUGUGGUCCGAAUUCCAGCUGGUGCUACCAAUAUCGACGUGCGACAGCACAGUUUCUCAGGGAAAUCCGAGGAUGAUAACUAUUUAGCUUUGUCAAGCAGUAAAGGUGAAUUCUUGCUCAACGGGGACUUCGUUGUCACAAUGUCCAAAAGAGAAAUCCGUGUCGGGAACGCACUGAUUGAGUACAGCGGAUCUGACAAUGUGGUAGAAAGGAUUAACUCCACUGACCGCAUUGACCAAGAGCUUCUGCUCCAGGUUCUGUCAGUGGGAAAGUUAUACAACCCCGAUGUGCGCUACUCCUUCAGCGUCCCGAUUGAAGGCAAGCCGCAGCAGUUUUACUGGAAUAGCCACGGGCCCUGGCAAGCGUGCAGCAAGCCCUGCCAAGGGGAACGCAAACGAAAGCCUGUCUGCACCAGGGAAUCCGACCAGCUUCCUGUUUCUGAUCAAAGAUGUGAUCGGCUGCCGCAACCCGGACCCAUCACAGAGCCCUGCGGCAUGGACUGUGAGCUGAGGUGGCAUGUGGCCAGCAGGAGUGAAUGCAGUGCCCAGUGCGGGCCGGGCUACCGCACAUUAGCCAUCUACUGUGCCAAAUACAGCAGGCUGGAUGGGAGGACUGAGAAGGUUGACGACAGUUUCUGCAGCAGUCACCCCAAACCAAACAACCAGGAGAAAUGCUCGGGAGAAUGUAACACGGGUGGCUGGCGCUAUUCGGCUUGGACGGAAUGCUCUAAAAGCUGUGAUGGUGGAAGCCAGAGGCGACGGGCUAUUUGUGUAAACGCCCAAAACGAUGUCCUGGAUGACAGCAAAUGCAGCCACCAGGAAAGAGUCACCACUCAGCGGUGCAACGAGUUCCCUUGUCCACGGUGGAAGUCGGGAGAUUGGUCAGAGUGCUUGGUCACCUGUGGCAAGGGGCAUAAGCACCGGCAGGUCUGGUGUCAGUUCGGUGAAGAUCAAGUGAGCGAUAGGAUCUGUGACCCCGAGGCCAAGCCCGCGUCCAUGCAGACGUGUCAGCAGCCGGAAUGUGCAUCCUGGCAGGCGGGUCCCUGGGGACAGUGCAGUGUCACUUGUGGACAGGGUUACCAGCUGAGAGCAGUGAAGUGCGUCAUGGGGACUUACAUGGCGGUGGUGGAUGAUAAUGACUGCAACGCAGCCACCAGACCCACCCACACCCAGGACUGCGAGUUGCCGCCGUGUCAUCCUCCCCCGGUGGCCCCACAGGCAAGGAGGAGCUCACACAGCGUGCCGAGGACCCAGUGGCGAUUUGGGUCCUGGACUUCAUGCUCGGCCACCUGUGGGAGAGGCACCCGGAUGAGGUACGUCAGCUGCCGGGACGAGGAUGGCUCCGUCGCGGACGAGAGCGCCUGUGCCAGCCUGCCCAGACCCGUGGCGAAGGAGGAGUGCUCGGUGACGCCCUGUGGGCAGUGGAAGGCUUCGGACUGGAGCCCUUGCUCCGUGACGUGUGGGCAAGGCAGGGCAACCCGGCAAGUGGUGUGUGUCAACUACAGCGACCACGUGAUUGACCAGAGUGAGUGCGACCUGGACUACAUCCCAGAGGCGGAACAGGACUGCUCCAUGUCACCUUGCCCGCGGUGGACCCCCGAGAGGGACUUAGCUGCAUACCCUUCCCAAAACGAGGACUUCCGGCCCAGGGGCUCCAGCCCAAGCCGCACCCAUGUGCUGGGCGGAAAUCAGUGGAGGACAGGCCCCUGGGGCGCGUGUUCCAGUACCUGCGCCGGCGGGUCCCAGCGGCGCGUUGUGGUGUGUCAGGAUGAAAAUGGAUACCCUGCGAGGGACUGUGUGGAGAGGAUCAAACCUGAUGAGCAGAGAGCCUGUGAGUCCGGCCCGUGUCCGCAGUGGGUGUUUGGCAGCUGGGGUGAGUGCUCCAGGCCUUGCGGGGGCGGCGUGCGGUCGCGGCAGGUGGUCUGCCAGCGAGCCGGCGGCCAGCGCGUGCCCGACCUGAGCUGCGACGUGCUGGAGAAGCCUGUUCUGUGUCUUGUGGUCGGGGGCAUAAGCAACGAAAUGUUUACUGCAUGGCAAAAGAUGGAAGCCAUUUAGAAAGUGAUUACUGUAAGCACCUUGCUAAGCCACGUGGGCACAGGCGGUGCCGCGGAGGACGGUGCCCCAGAUGGAAGGCUGGCGCGUGGAGUCAGUGCUCCGUGUCCUGCGGCCGAGGUGUGCAGCAGCGGCGGGUGUCCUGUCAGAUCGGAACACAGGAAGCAGCCGGAGACAGCGAGUGCAGCCCAGUCACCAGACCGGAGGCACAGCGCGCCUGCCAAGCCCCACCGUGCCCGCUGCACACUUGGAGGGCAGAGCAGUGGCAAGAAUGCUCCAAGACCUGCGGCGAGGGCUCCCGGCUGCGCCUCGUGCUGUGCGUGGACGAGGAUCAGGCCGAGGUGCACAGCAGUCUCUGCAGCGCCAGCCCGCGGCCCCCGGACCGCGAGAGCUGCAGCGCGCAGCCUUGCGAGUACGUCUGGAUCACGGGAGAGUGGUCGGAGUGCUCAGUGACCUGCGGCAAGGGCUACAGACAAAGGCUGGUCUCCUGCAGCGAGAUUUACACCGGGAAGGAGAACUACGAGUACAGUUACCAGGCCACAGUCCACUGUCCGGGCACACAGCCCCCCAGUGUCCUGCCCUGCUACCUGCCAGAAUGUCCCGUCUCGGCCACCUGGAGAGUUGGCAACUGGGGCAGUUGCUCCGUGUCUUGCGGUGUCGGAGUGAUGCACAGGUCCGUGCAGUGUUUAACCAACGAGGACCAACCCAGCCACUUAUGUCCCCCUGACCUGAAACCAGAAGAGAGAAAAACCUGCCACAGUACUUACAACUGUGAGUUGCCUCAGAGCUGCAAGGAAGUCCGUGACCUCGGUGGGGCCAGUGAAGAUGGUGAAUAUUUCCUGAUCGUUAGAGGAAAGCUCCUAAAGAUAUUCUGUGCAGGGAUGCAGUCCAACCGCCCCAAGGAGUAUGUGACGCUCAUUCACGGUGACUCUGAGAAUUUCUCCGAGGUGUACGGGCACAGGUUGCACAAUCCAACGGAAUGUCCCUACAACGGAAGCCGUCACGACGACUGCCAGUGUCGGAAGGAUUACACAGCAGCUGGGUUUUCCAGCUUCCAGAGAAUCAGGAUAGACCUGAGCAGCAUGCAGAUCAUAACUACGGACUUACAGUUUGCAAGGACAAGUGAAGGACAUCCUGUCCCUUUUGCCACCGCCGGGGACUGCUACAGCGCUGCCAAGUGCCCCCAGGAUGGCACCCGCGUUGUGGGGAAAUGCGGCGGUUACUGUGGGAAAUGCACGCCGUCCUCUGGCACUGGCCUGGAGGUGCAGGUUUUAUAGCUAAGGUGGCUGGAAGAGGAAAGCUUAUGGGAUGGAUGAAGGAUCGUGAUGCAAUAUACCUCCGCCUUACAUUGGGUGCAUGUGUGUGUGUGAGGCCACUGUGCGUGUGUGUGUGUGUGUGAGUGCGUGUGUGUACAUAUGCACAUAUAUAUAAAUAUAUAUUUUUAUGCAGGUUGAGCAUCCCUGAUCCGCAAAUCUGAAGUCUAAAAUGCUGCAAAACAGCAAUACUACCGGUAGAAAAUUCCACAUCGUGGAAUUUAUUUCAUGUGCAAAGUCAUUCAAAACACUGUGUAGAAUUACCUUUCAGCCGUGUUAUCAAGUGCAUAUGAAACAAACGAAUCUACACGUCAACUUGGGUCCCGUCCCCAUGAUAUCUCAUUGUACGUAUGCAAAUAUUCCAAAAUCUAAGAAAAUCCCGACUCUGAAACACCGCUCAUCCCAAGCAUUUCGGAUAAGGGAUACUCAAUCUGAAAUAUCCUAAUGAUGUAAAAUUUAAUAUUUAUGUUUGAAAUUAUUUAUUGUGUUGUAAUAUUUUUGUACGUAAAAUGAUUUUAUUGUGACUGCCUUUGCGCUAUUUUGUCCCUUGCAGUCCAACCACUGCAUUUUACGUGCUCUACAUUGUGUGCAGUCCUGUGACAAAAGUGGUCCUUCGUUAUCACGGUACACUAUGGUUUACUUUUUAUCUGUAAAUGUUUUACUGUUACCUUUUUAAAGUCAUACUUUGUUUUUUAAAACAACCUAGCCAUCAUCAAGGUGCUACUGAGAGUUGGGUAAGGGUGUUUUUGGCAUUCCUAGAAGAGUACCACUAGCCAAGAAGUACGUUAGUGAUUUCACAGAUGUUACCAACUCUGAAUUGUAUUAAGUGUCUAUUCCAUUUCAUGUGAUCUCUGGGAAAAAAUGCUGCCUUGGUGCUAAUAUUGUAUGUAUCUCAGUGAUUUCCAGACUCCAGUGUAAGCGCUUUUAACAUAGGGAAGGAAGGGAAGGACCGUUUCCAAUGGACACGACCCUUGGAUGGUGCUGGGACUGCGGUUCACUCUUGCUUUUGGACACGCCAUUCCGGAAGCUGCACUUUGUUCUUGCCGUUUCUCUUCCGUGUGCCUGCUCAGCCAGCGGUGGCUUGGUCCCCUGCAGUCGAGGGGGGCUCCGCCCCUGCUUCCUCACAGAGCGGCGCUGGGGACGUGCAGUCCCUCACAGUUUUGUCACUACCGUAUCCAGUAGCAAGACCGAGGAGCACAGCAUGGCGGUGGCCUUCAGCACCCUCAGAAACGCAGAGAAAUCGAACAUCAGGCUCUGUGUCCUGGCGAUGGCCUUCUGCUUGAAGACAUUGGCCAAUGAGGAAUCUUCUCUUCAGGCUAUGAGCCUCAUACCCUGCCAUUUCCUGUCCUCACUGGUAGUAUGUGAAGAAAUGAACUGUGGGGUUCCAGGUGCCUGAGUCUUUCCGAUCGCCCCUGAACCCACUUUUUAUUGCUUCUUGUCCGUGUGGAAGUGCCGAAGUCAUGGUCUUCCUGCCUUUGCCGGUGGCCACAGAGACACUUGGUCUGAGCAACCCCGUCCACUUCAAAACACCAAAGAGAUGAGGAAAGCCUGGCCACACUCUCCGACUCCAAGCAAACUCCAAAGUGCUCCAGGAAAAGUAUACUCAGUGUAUGAAUACAUGUUACUCUCCAUUAUUAAUACAUUGUGAGAACAUAUUACAAAUAAAUACCAUGACCACAUCCAAA